AUUGAAAUCGAAAUAUGGAUGUGAUUUUUAUUUGAAGCUAUAAAUCAAAAUGAUGGAUUCAAAACAUAACAUUUUAGUGGCAGUAUUUAUGGUAGUUGUUCUCUGUAAAAUUGAAUGCUGUCCCAAGGGUUGGGUGGAGAGAGGCAGCUCUUGUAUCGUAUUAGAACUUGACUCAAAGGCGCAGCCCAAGGCCCAUGUGGCCUGCACCGGACUUAAGGCCCACGUAGCCACAAUAGAUAGCGCUGAGAAACAGACAUUCCUCUCAGAGCUGAUGAAGGAGAGGCGGGUGUCCACAAUCUGGCUGGAUAUUAGGGAUGUAUUGGAAGAAGGGACAUUUAUUGAUAGAUAUAACAAGCCGAUAACUUACUCAGACUGGUUGCCUGGUGCGCCCUCAACCGGGCCAGAAGGAGAACUAACGGAUUGUGUCUACUAUUCUAUAGAGGGAGUUGGCGGUUGGAAUGACUUUAACUGUGCUGCAACAUUUCCAUAUUUUUGUGAAAGAGAAACCCUGUGUGCGAACGAUACUUGCAAGAAUGAUGGCCGAUGCAAUGAAUUCGACAGCAGCUUUAACUGUACGUGUAAACAAGGCUACUUCGGAGAGAC